AUGGGAAAUUACGUGAGCAAAAUUGCAUCGAUGUCAAACAAUGCGAUGCAUUCCAUGUAUCGCGGUCGUAAACGAAAAUGUAUCGAGGAAGAUGAUUUUGAUUCUGAAUCGGAUUACAUCGAUCGCACUCUUCAAACGCCAAAAAAAAGGAAAUUAUUGACAACAGCACAAUACAUUUAUAAAACAUUAUUCCAAGAAGAAAAAGGAAGUGACAUAACUGUACUAAUGUUAGGAAAAGCAUGGAGAUUACAUAAAGUUUAUAUCAGCCAAAGUCCAUAUUUUGCAAGUAUGUUUUCAGGAUCUUGGAGGGAAGCAAAUGAGACAGUUAUAAGCGUAGAAAUUGCUGAUCCUAACAUUACAUUAGAUUCUCUUUUGACAGUUUUUGGUUCUUUUUAUCAAGAUGAAGUUAGUUUAGAACCAAAAGAUGUCAUAUCAAUUUUGGCUACCUCCACCUUAUUUCAAUUGCAAGGAUUAAUUGACCAGUGUACGGAUAUUAUGGUAGAGACAACAAAUAUAAAGACAGUUGUUCCUUAUUAUAAUGCUGCUGUAUCUUAUGGUGUACCAGUGGUAAAAACAGCAGCAAAACGAUGGUUAGAAGUUAAUCUUUUGGGAUAUGGAUGGUUACAUCCAACUUUUUUAAAAGAAAUUACACCUGAUUUAAUGGCUGAAUUAAUUGCCAGUCCAGAUUUAAUUGCUAUGCAAACAGAAUUUUGCAUAUAUAUGAUGUUACGAGUAUGGUUAUUUGUUCAUGUACACAAUAAAGAGGAAACGCUUCAAAUUGAUGAAUAUUUUAGAAAUCAUAAAUGGACAAAACCAUUUCUUACAACAGAAGAAGGCAAAGAAUUUGCAGCUCCUUUUAAAGCAUUAAGAAUGAAAUAUCUUUUGUUACAUGAUCAAGAUGUAAAAAUUUUAUAUAGUGACAAUUUAAUACCACAUGAGUGGUUGCACAAUGCAUACAAAGAACAAUGGUUACAUUUAUUAAGAAUAGAUGCGAAUAAAGAUCGAGGACCAAAACAGAUGAGUGAAGAAGAAUUCGCUCGUGAAUGUUUCCGUUGUGGAAGGUGCAUCGAAAAAGCUGGUGAACAUAUUUGGAGAUGGACAGCAUUUCAUUUUGGUUUAGAUUUGGUGGUGUGCUUAGAUAGUACUACUUUAAGAAUUAAAAGGAAUCACAGAUUAGAUACAGAUCACAUAAAAGCAAAUCAUAGCAAACAUAAUAUAAUUCUGAAAGUAAGUCUAAUUUCAUUAGAUGAACAACGUCAAGUAAAACAUAUUCAGAGUUCAGGUAUGCUUAGGUUAUCACUCCAUAAGAAUGAAGAAAAACAGGUAAUGUCUUUGGAUAAACAACUCACUUAUCCUUUGUAUAUAUCAGUCAACAUGCAAGUAGUUACUCCAUUUGUAUCAACAGAAGAAGAAAAAUCAGCUGAUAUAGUAAUAUUCUCGGAUACUUAGCAUAUUAAACAUUUAAACUGAAUAUAACAACGUACGCUUAUCUCAGAUAAUAAUCCGGUUGUUCCAAUUUGUAAUACUUGAAUACGACUAAGUGCUAUAAAUUUUGUUACUCUCACGUGACGUUUAUAUUAUGGAGAUUCUAAUUUCUGAUUAAAACUUUUAUAAACUCAA